AUGGCAAGUAAACGAAAACGUGUUUUAACUAUUGAAAAGAAAUACAAAAUAAUUAAAGAUCUUAAAAGUGGUGAAAGUGCAACAAAAUUAUCAAGAAAUAUAGAUUUAACGGAUGCUAGUAUCGAUAGGAAAAGCUUAACAAAUCUAAAAAAUAAAAAUAUAGAUGAUGUCUUCCAAUGGUUUCGUCAACAAAGAGACAAAGGCAUAUCGAUAUAUGGACACAUGUUACGUGAAAAAACUUAUAUAGAAUUCAAUGAUAGAUUAAAGGGAAACCCUUUAAGGGAUAGAUUUAAAGCUUGUAAUGAUUGGUUAAUAAAAUUCAAAACAUGUCAUGCUUUAAUUUGGAAGGCACUACCACAGACGUUAGUUUCUCAUUAUGAAAGAUUAACUCCUGAUCGCAAAAUUAAUAAAGAAUGCAUUACUAUACUUUUUUGUGCAAAUGCUAUCGGAUGCCAUCAACUUUCAAUUCUGAUCAUCGGAAAAAGUAAACAUCCACACUAUUUUAAACAUGUCAAUAUGAGUGCAAUGCCAAUUAAAGAACAUCAGUUAAAAAAUAGUCAUAAAAAAAGAGCUAUUUUGCUGGUAGACAAUGCUAGAUAUAACAUUCCUAACCAGAAGGAGGAAUUUACAAAAUAUAUGUUUUUGCUACCUAAUAUAACUUCACUCAUGCAGUCAUUAGAUCAAGGAGUAAUUGAGUUGACAAAUGAGUGGAGCAACAUUAAAAGUAUAACAUUGAAAAGAGCAUGGAAAAAACUUUUGAUGCGUGAAAUUGAAGAAAUUAAUAAACAAGAAAAAACAGUCGAAGCAAAUAUUGAAGAAAUUGUCACUACAUUGGAUAGAAUACCAGAGUGUGAUAGCGAUGAUGUAAUGCAAUGGUUUCAAUGCGAUAAAGACAACAGUAAUAAUGAAGAUAACAUAAAUUUUACACAAACAGAAGCGGUAAACGAAAGUAAUGAUGAAGAUAUGUCUUCUUAUAUCGAAGUAUUUGAGUCAUUUGAAAAAGGACUUCGAUGGUUUGAGGCGCAACGGGAAUGUAAUUCUACACAGUUGGUUACAAUAAAAAAUUUCUAUUGUACAAAAGAUUAG